CCUUCAUUUGGAAUGGUGAGGUAGCCGACCAAGAUCAUGAGGACUGCAUUACCUGUGAGGAAGGCUGUCAGAAAUGCCUCGCAGUGAAUCCAUUGCACUGCAUGUCUUGUUUACCGGACUAUUACCAACUGGGAUCGAGCUGUCGCAAAACCUGCCCUGAGAAAACAUUUGCGGAUAAGAUUUCAAUGAGAUGUGAUCGAUGCGAUGAUCACUGCGAGACCUGCGAUGCCUCUGAAUGUUACCUGUGUGAGAAUGGCUUCUUCCUUUCAGAUGGUACAUGUGUAGAAACGUGUAAUGAGGGUUUCUAUGGCGACAUGAGACAGGAGUGUGAGCCGUGUCACCCCAUGUGCCGGUCGUGCGGUGGUCCGAAUUAUGACGACUGUGAUUCGUGUGAAGAAGAAAUGCAUCUGGAUAAGGGCCAGUGUGUCAACAAAAGUAGCAUCACAUGUCCUGAUGGAAACUUCGUAAACGGUCAGAAUGAGUGUGAGAUGUGUCAUUCCUCCUGUUGGUCAUGCUCAGGGCAUAAGGAAAACCAGUGUAACUCUUGUGAGAAAGGCAUGUUUCUGACCAACAACCAGAUGUGUGUGUCUGUGUGUCCGCAUGAGACUUAUGCGAACCAGACGAGUGGGCACUGUGAGGAUUGUUUGUCGGGCUGUUUGAUGUGUCAGGAUUCACAUUACUGUCUGAAAUGCAAAUCUGGUUUUGGUGAACUCUACCUGCAGGAGGGGAAAUGUGUCGCUGAGUGUAAAAGGGGUUACCCAGAGGAUGGUGUGUGUCACAGCUGUGCCAAAGAAUGUGCUUCAUGUGAGGGGGAAGCCAAUUUCUGUCUGAGCUGUGAGGAAGAGUACCUGUAUCUCAAACACACCUGUGUGCUCCACUGCCCUUCCAGUCACUUCAUUAAGGAUGGAGUGUGUGAACGUUGUCCAGCCAGAUGUACUGAGUGUGACCAAUCUGGCAAAUGCAGCAGUGAGGAUCUCAGAUUUAUUUGUUACCGAUGCAAUAUUGGCAUAGGCUUUAGAAAAUGA